AUGGACUCGGCUGGUCAGGCGUCGGUUUCGGAGAGCUCAGGACGAGUUAGACGAAUUACGACGGCACCAUCGACGAGCACCGAUGAAGGCUUUAAGGGAGUCGCUAGGAACGUGAUAGAUUCUGCUAGAAGGUACCAAAAGUCCAAGUCAGACGGGAUAGGGCUAGAAGUGUCCAAAAGACAGUCCGAAACACGCCCAGAUGGAAGAUAUUCCAGCGCCAAGAUCCAACGAACGGUCGAUAAAGUUAGAAGAAACGAACCAGCCAUCACUUCCGAGGAAGCGAGGUCAAGAAGUGGCAGAAAGAUAGCAACCUCGAGGAGUCAGAAAGCGACCUCCAAUGGUAUCGCGGAAAUUGUUGGUUCUUCUGGACGACAAAAUGGCGCAGGAGUUCGCGUUACACCUGGACCGAGUUCCAACUCUGCAGUUCGGGAAGACGACAUCGGCUAUUUGGAGAACCUCGAAGUCCGGAAGGCGAAAGAGGUCGGGCCUCUAGGGCUGGAUAGCGCCAGGGUAGACGUUCCUUUGACCGUGGAAGCUUCCGAGAUAACGACAACCACUGUCACUGGAUCUUCGAUUUUUACGACAGCGUCCGAUGGGGUUGGAGUCGCGGCAUCCAGACAACCACCAACGAGGUCGUCCGAGGUCUUUCGCCGAAAUUCGGAGCAAGGCACCACGACCCCGAAAAGUCGGGGGAGGGCAAAUACUCGUACCGAGCAGAGGACCGGGGAUACCUCGACGGCGAGUUCCGAGAGAACGCUGAGAAGAGGUUCGUCGAGGUUUGCAGAGACCUCGCCGGAGUCUACGGGGAGGUCACGCAAUCCAAGUAACGAGAACGGGAAUUUCGGAAGAGUACAGAGCGACGGUCGCGCCAGGAAUUCCGAAUCCCGAUCUCGAGGAGUCAACCCCAUCGACUCCGGUUCGAGGUCGAAGUCGAGGUCCCGGGUUUCAGAGAAUUCCUCGCGGCAUCAGGAACCCUCCCUGGAGCCGCGUCGGAGGGUGGCGAAUGAAAACGUCAACGUUGGCAAUCCAGUUCUUGAGGUCAGGUCGAGAGAUCAAGACGGGAGGUCGACCGAACUGGACAAUCGGGAAAGAUCCAGAGGACGAACGAGAGGGGACGGCAUCACGGCGAGGUCGCUUCCUUCGAGAACAUCGAUCGAGGUUAGAUCUACCGUGGUCGAUGUUGCCGUUACCACAUCCAAAGCAUCGACCUUACCCGCCACCGAAGUCAACACAAUGACAACCAUCUCGGAGGCUUCCUCGACAACGGAAAGCACGGUUACAACCACGACGACGAUGCCGACAACUCUUGCCCCAUCGUUGACGACCUCGAGGAGAGUAACCGGGUCUUCUACGACGACGCCGAGAGGGCGAGGUCGAGGUCGAGGGCCAUCGACGAGAGCCUCGAAGGAGGACUUUUUCAAUCACGGACUCGGGUUUAGAGGUAGACACAUCAGCCAGACCUCAACAGUUAGAACCGAUUCCGUGAGGGGAACUACUUUGCCGACCGGACGACCCGAGGUCGGAGGGCGAGGUAAUCCAGGGUGGACUUUAAAACGCAGACCAGGUCAUUGGUCGGAGUCUGGGUCUAGUGCAAAGAGGUCGACCUCUUUCCUAUCUUCUGCAUCCACUCCGCUAUCGUCGAUUAGCAAUGUUCCGGAUUUAACCACGGAGACCUCCAGGAGCAACGACGUUGCAGGAUCUACCGAAUCAUUGUUGAACGUGGAAGUGGACCUUUCCACGACGAAUCCGACUGCGACCUCAUUGUCACCGGUGGUUAGAAGAGGUUUGAAAAGAUCCAAGUUGAACGAUGCUAUGGAAAGUCAAAAUCCCUCAAAUUCUGGGUCGACGGGAAUCGGUAAUCAGGGUAGAAGAGGUAACAAGAUACACGAGAAACCUGGAGGUACGGGAAGGAACCCCAAAGGCGACCUCGAGGAGAGCGACAACUAUCCGGCGGAUUUCAAAGCGAAACUGGCGCAACUGCAGGGUCCCGUUGUUGCGAAGGUGCAGGAAGUGAAGUCCACUCCGAGCUCGGUCGUCGCUCAAAGUUACUCAAAAAAAUCGCCUAACGAUGCUUUAUUCGCCGCACAAGCGAGAAGGAAGUUGGAGUCUGCCCAGAAGCUCGUGAAGCCAGAAAUAAGAAGCGGAAAUGACGACAUGCUAGCCCAGUCAUCAACAACGGUAAUUUCAUCGGUGAAAAGACGCCUAGGGAGUCGCGAGAAAGCAACGACACCUCAAACUCGCGAAGAGGUUAAGGUUGUAAAAUCUGCAAAGUCGAGGUACGCCGGUCUCCCCGGAAGAGGAGGCGAAGAGAAACCCGCAAACCGCGUUAAAAUCGCGAAGCUAAAAACAAGUCCAAGUAGCAGAACAGCUUUUAAACCUGCCCCACGCCGAGAAGUUAAAGAAGUUCCCGAUCCCGAUGUCCCGAAACCACCAGGGUCGUCCGACGUGGAAAAAGAACUGGAGAACGAGUUGGGAGUAGACCUGGUGAAACCUUUGGCAGAGUCUAAGAAGGUGGAGAAGCCCUUAUCGUUUUCCACAACGGCGCCGAUGUCCUACGAGGUCGUCACGCGUAUCAGCGUCUCUUCCCACGAAGGCGGUCCUUCCUCGAGUGCCAAGUCCAUCGUCGAGCCGAAGAAACCGAGUGUCCCGAGGUUUUCUAUAGACAAUGUAGCCAGUAAAGUGGUCUCCAAGGCGGGGAAGAAGUUCCAGCCAAUUAGUUCCGGCUACGUUGGUCUCUCUGGCCUGUCCAAUAACCUCGGGGAACUGACCACGACUGCCAAGCCCGUGUUGCCGACCAGCAGGUACAGCAGAAAGAAGAGCCAGGUAUUCCGGCCAUACGACUCGAUCUCCAAGUCCAUCGUCACCGAGACUAUCGCUGCCAGACAGAGAGAAUUCCGGCCGAGAACUUCCACCUACAGAAGGCACUCGGAAGGUCCGACCAGCGCGGUGCAAAAGACAACGAGUUCCGGACCGAUCAGCAUCGCCAUCACUCCUAAGGCCCCCAAGUUCCACGCCACCGUCAAGUCCUCGGAUACCACCACCCUGCCCCGUCCAGGACAGGAACACGUUGUCAAUCUUCGGGUCUCGAACGGGUCCGGCAAUGCUCAGCAACUUCGGCUCCAAGCUCAGCAAGGGCAACUCAACGUAGACAGCAGAAACGAUGGGUCUUCGGGCAACCUGGACUCUAACGUCGUCAAUCCCACCAGGAGCGUCUUCCUGACCAACCGGAACACGUCUCUCUUGGAACAGCUGAGGAGCACCGUGGCUCCACUUCUUGGUUCCCUUGGUGCCAAGACCCCGGUGUUCUCCGGCGCCUACAAGAACACGAAUGGUGGUAAUUCCGCACCUAGAAUCACGCCCAGUGGUUCACCACCGAGAUUUAGUGCAAGAUAUAAGGGGGCGGAAUUGUUUUUGAGGAAGCCCACGAUUUAUCAACCAACUGUACCCUCUAUCACCAGUUCCACGACGCCGUACCCAUCAAUCGAGAAUUUUGCUCAAGCACCACCGAUCGACGUCUCGAGUCCAGGCGAGCCCAAGGUCAUAACCUUCUACCAGGCUCUGGAGACAGCCAGCAUUACCAACGAACUACUGACGGACGGACAGCAACAAAGGGAGCAGCAACUCCCCAGAGUUGCCCAGGACGCAACGACAACAACCGCCCAAGGGACGGCAGGUUCCGACGUUCAAGCGACAAUGCAACCCGACUCGACCACAACCCCCGUGUCCGAGCCAACCUCUUUCACGGAACAACCGACCACUCCUGGACCUGCUUCCUCUGCAACUUUCCCUCCAGCGUCCGAUUCCUUCACGACCUUUCCAAGUACGUCAGAUACGCCGAUCGAAACGACAACGCUAAGACCGGCGACCACCACGGCUGCGACAGAAACGACAACAGCUGCCACAACAACUGCAGCCCCAACAACUACGACUGCAGCUCCAACGACUACGACUGCAGCUCCAACGACUACGACUGCAGCUCCAACGACUACGACUGCAGCUCCGACAACAACGACUCCAGCUCCAACGACAACGACUGCAGCUCCGACAACAACGACUGCAGCUCCAACGACAACGACUGUAGCUCCAACGACAACGACCACGAUUCCGACAACGACGGUUCGCGUUGACGAGAACCUUGUUGCCGAAACCACCCCGAUGAUGGACGUUACAAUGAUGGCACCGUCAACCAUGGGUAACGUGGCGACCACGAGCACCACACAACUCCCGAUAGCGACAACCGGGGUGCCAAAGCCUGCCACGAUUCCGCGUUGUUGCGGCAAUGUUGUACCGGCUACAACGCCAACCUCGACGACUCAAUAUCUGGGUCGCUUCGGAGCCAACAGACCCAAUCCCAUCCCCAGAGUCCCGGCAUUAUCCCCUACCAAGCCACCGGUUCGAGAUUAUUACGUGUAUGGGAUCUAUCCCAACAAAACCAUCGUACGUAAGCGGCCAGAGGACAACCUGAUCGACCCGAGGAAUUUGGACAACCCAUAUGUAAUACUCGGGAUCUUCCCCGAUGGAAAGGUUGUGCGGAAGUUCCGCAACGGGACGGUCAUACCGGAUCCUCCCAGCAGCCCUGUCGAGGUUGUCUUCACCCUUAAAACUACUACCACCACUAACCGGCCCAAGCCCCUUGUCUACUAUAAUCAGGCUAAUAACAAUGGGUACUAUAAUCAGGACGCUGUGUAUAAUAUAGCCAGGCCCGAUCAAAACCGCUUCGAAGACGUUGAUCUAGGAAUUAUCGGUAACGCACUUGGCCCUAUCAGAGGUUCAGGCUUGUCCAGUACUCCGUACUUAGCUGCCAGCGGUAUCACCGACAACAGAAUGAACAACGUUCCAUUGCUGGGACCAUCUCCGAUUGCUCCAGCAUUUCCGGCAUUUGCAGCAAGACCGAUUGUUUCUACUGGAAGUCCUCUGAGCGUAAUAACACCUUCGAAUGGUAAUAUUCAAAGUGGACAAAUAUUUCAACAAAAGGAAACCGACGAGGCAACGCGAACGAGAGACUCCGGUGGUCAACGAAGUUCUGUGUAUAUCGGACAGGAAAAAUUUGUGAAUUACUGGAGUGACAGUGUGCCAAGUAGUAGCCCGAGAUUGGUCAGUGUGAAAAUCAACUCCGUAGCGAAUGCUGGUAGUGUGGGUCCUGCUGGAGCACCUUUGCCAUCCUUGGACAUAUUGUCCAGUGGUCAAUCAGGAAAUGACGUCACUGCGCCCCCUGGAUUCCCGUGGAAAGAUCCCUUAGAUCAAAUCUUUGGUGUCACAACUAAUUCGCCAGUGAUUACAGCGUCUGUUGCGUCCAACAUCCUGGAGGACGCCGGAGCAUCAAAUGCUGCCAUCAUGGCACGUCCUGUCAAUCCAUUCGUUGAGGUAUUCUCCCCAGUUUCUAGUCAAUCUGAUACAACGAUUCCUCCGUUAAGCACAAUGGCAAACCCAACAACAACUACUGCACCAUCAACGACAACUACUACUACCCCGUCAACGACAACUACUACUACUACCCCGUCAACGACAACAACAACUACUACUACUACCCCGUCAACGACAACUACUACUACUACCCCGUCAACGACUACUACUACUACCCCGUCAACGACUACAACAGCAAGAACCACAACAACAACUACUACAACUACUACGACUACUACUCCUGCUCCAACAACGACGACAACUACCACAACAACUACUGCGCCACCAACUACCACAACACAACCACCACCACCACCUACAACAACAGCGACUACCACGACAACAAGGCUUCCGACAUCAACAGUGGCAUCAACCCUCCCUGGGUUCCUUACAGGGAAUACAAAGAGACAAGAUGCCUUUGGCACGACAUUUGAUGACCUGGCAUUUUUAAACGCUUUGUUGCAGUCGCCAGGCACCGCUUCUGGAACUACACCUACGAAGACACUUUCGGAAGUAGAACAACUGCUAGCUAACAAGAUUCUGUCUUUGGCUCUGGACAGUUCGGGUCCGACACGUUCACCAAAGGCUAUUCAGCCUUCAAACCUGUCGCCGAAUUCAGUAUCUUUACUGGAAUCAUUGAAGACGGGAGGCAAUCCAAUCGUAAUCGACCUGUUCUCGACUACAAGAAGCCCAGCGCCAACUUCGCGGAAACCCCUUCAGAUUGGGACGCCUGCUGUGACUACUCCACGUCAGUCGGCUACAGCAACCAGCAGCACAAUAACGACUCCAGUUACUUGGAAGACAGUUGGAACAUCUUCCACCACCCAGCAGACUACAAGUUCGACGACACCAAAACCAAUUAGCACUACCAGACCCACUGUGAUCAUCACCGCGAAACCUGCACCAUCCCCAAAACCGAUUCGGACUACUCCAGCUCCAGCCAGACAAGGUUUCGGCGCGAGUUUGUGGCAGACUCUUUUUGGGGGUAGUCUCUUCGCCCCCUACAGUACUCAGAAACCUGCGACAACCAGAAGACCAGCACAACCUGCCAAACGUCCAGUCCAAACAACUCCGAAACCUACCCCAGCACCAACGACGUCAACCACGCCUGUAAAUCUCGCAGAAUUGAUCCUUGGGUCCAUUCAAGCUACGCAAAAAACAGCCGAACUACCCAUUCAAGUACUUGCCACCACAACUACUGCUGCGCCAAAAGUUACUACGACUUCUAAACCAACCCCUGCUCAAAUUGUAACGAGACCGACAGCGGCUAGUAGCACAUUCUCCCCAGAGGAAGAUGCCAAGUUUUUGGCCGCGUUAUUGAACUCUGCACAAGGUUUGGGUGGCGCGGGGUCAGCAUUAGGCCUAUCCCAAGACGACGAGUCCUUCCUCCGAGCGCUCUUGAGCAACCAACCUAAGGUCAAGCCCAGUCCUCCCACUUCUACGAGAAGCGGUGGGAACGACGCUGCUCUUCUGGCUGCAUUCUUGAAGGCUCAAGGAAUUGAACCCAGUACUCCUCCUAAUAAUCUUCGGGAGCAACUGCAGUCUUCUUCUUCUGGACAGAAUAAAGUAGAACCUGCAAGGACUUCCACGUCUCGGCCAAAGACGUUGACGGUGGUAACGACUACGCCUCGACAAAAAUCUGUGACAACAGCUUGGUCACCGAGUUCGACAUAUCCUCCACCGCUUUUUAAUUCAUUUGGGCCUUUUGGAGCUCCACAAAAUCCUAAAGAGUCCGGUCAACCUUUUGGCAUUAGUAAUGAAGGUGGAGGUGGUGAUGACACAGUUCGUAGCCAGGUGGUGAACGCCGCCAUUGGUGUAACCAGGGCCUUCAGUCAGUUCCUUGGUGCAGCUAUUACGGGCGCAGCCCAGCAGUUCCAGUCCUUCGUCAGGAAUGGUACCCGAUACGUUUCCGAAGUGGUCGGAUAAUGGAUCCCAUCAGAAGAGCAUACUGUAUCAGUUCAAUCGUCCAUCGGAUUGCAUCCUAAUCGACAUAUGUUCUAAUGAUCGCAAUUUGGAUAUCGUCCAUCGCUCGCAUCCCAAAACAAUGAACAUGAUGCUCCGUUAACAUUAACCGCUGAAACGCAUUCGCGGUCUCGACUAAUCGAACAACAGCGGUCUGAAGAAGAAUCAGAAUAGCCCGGCCUUGAUUCGUCAAGGUCAAUCCGAAUUUAUUAUCCGUGACUAUCUAUUAAUCCGUAAUGGCCAUAUUCAAUAGACACAACGGCUGCACAAUUAACACACGCCACUCGCUUAGCGAUUAGAUGUUUGAAUACUUUUAAAAUACUAAAUAACGUCUACCAAGCUGUAAUGAUUUGCCGAGAAGCGUUUUCUACUGAACAUGGCCACUAUCCAAUGUCCAUAGUCCAUAAAAAUCCUCCAACGAGGUGAAAAAAUUGUAUAAGGAAUUAUUAGUCUAAUAGUUCCUUGCGAGUUGUUGUUUCUUCUAAGUCGAUUAUCAGUUUGCUUGAACCCUUUGGAUCUGGGACCAGAGAAAAGUGCAGCGGUCGUUUGGUGCUCAUUGAUCCAAAUGUCGUAGCCCUAAGUGGAGACCAAACUGGUGGGAAAUCUUCCUCUGGUGUAAUUAGUUACGUCUUUGCCGGGUGCCCGAAGACGGGCAAAAAUAACCACGGGCGUCCAUUUUAUUAGAAACCAGGAAAAACAAGCAAACUAUAAUAUUCAAUCGAACAAGCUAGGGCAGACUUUGGAAUAUCAAGCGACAAAGCAAAAGGAGCCCUGUUAUAUUUAUAAAAAUCCUCCAACGAGGUGAAAAAAUUGUAUAAGGAAUUAUUAGUCUAAUAGUUCCUUGCGAGUUGUUGUUUCUUCUAAGUCGAUUAUCAGUUUGCUUGAACCCUUUGGAUCUGGGACCAGAGAAAAGUGCAGCGGUCGUUUGGUGCUCAUUGAUCCAAAUGUCGUAGCCCUAAGUGGAGACCAAACUGGUGGGAAAUCUUCCUCUGGUAUAAUUAGUUACGUCUUUGCCGGGUGCCCGGAGACGAAGAGGGACAAAGCGAUUCCGCAGCUGUCGGUGGUAGAUUUCGGAACGCAGUGUUGAGCACUUCACCCGUUUCUCCGUUUCUUUCGACUUCCGUCCGUCAGGUUCCGGACGCUCGGAACGAGCCACUUUGCAAACGUUUCUAGGGUAUGGCUAGUGUAAGAAGCGAUACUCGUGAGACAUUUGUAACGUACAUGCAGGUCGUCUAAUUAAGCGUAAUAAUUAUUGUCACUGACGCGAGUCCUCGCGCGUUGCUUCAACCGGUUGGAGCUGGUGAUAUGCUUGUACAGGUGUAACAUAAGUAUCGGACAGGCAAGGAAAUCAAACUGGCGACUUCCUCGUCGACGAUGUCGGGGGUGCUGUACCGUGGACAAUUUCCGUCACGAAGUGCCCGGCGGUAUCGAUAUCGCGCUUGUAUAGAAACCCCCUUAUAUACGUAAGGUAGUGACGUAGAAUAUUGUUUUUUGUACCUAUAAGUAAGAUCGCAAAUGUGUAUAGUCCGAAAAUAUGUCGUAACGUUAUUCCAUCCUAUAUGCUGUUUUACAUAUCCAGGGAAUUGAACAAGGCAAGGUGUUCUUAUCACCGAAGUGCACGAAGAAACGAACGAAUAAUAAAAGUGAUAGCCGUGUCCAACGAUUAGUAGGGAGCGUUUAAAUAUUAAGAGGAUAUGAAAGGCGCUAAGAAAUUUAACGUCGAUAUAUAAUAAAA